AUGGAGAGAGCCGCAUCUCCGCCAACAUGGAAAAGCCCUAUCGCAUCUGCCGUUGUUACCUUUGUCGCGCUUCUCACGCCUCUUUUUUUCUUUUGGAUUUUCAAGAGAGUCAGGAAUAUGCAGAAUGGCAAUGGAAACCCCUUCCCGUUUAUGGAGCUCCCUCCUGAGCUGAGAGACAUGGUGUAUGAGAACCUCCUCGAAGACCCGUACUACCCACCCCCGCCACCCUGCGCAAAGCAUCAUGGCUCGCCUCUCAACUGGAUGCUCCCCGGACGCUGGUCGUCUGGGAGCGCAGAACAACAAAAAGGACGAGGUCACGGGAAGAAGCGAAGCAACUGGAUAUUCCUCGCAAACAAGCAAAUCUACUCCGAAUACAUGGACAUCGUCUGCAAGAAGACCACCUUCCACCUGACCAUCUCACCGCACAACUACACCGCCCCGACCGCGCCUACGACGGAGAACAAGAAGAUAUGGAACAUCUCAGCAGAGAUGCUGAAGCAACUCCGCAAAUGCGACAUCAAGCUCGUCACUACCUCGAACAUGCUCGGCGUCAAUGAUCCGCGAACCAUGGACCCCGAAGACUGGGUGCUCGCUAGGCAGAUGCGCGAAGAGCUCAAAGAAGUCGAGAACGUGCAAGAGCUCAAUCUGCAUGUCAAGGCUAUCGGCGAUCCCCUCUGGAACCCGCUCUGGGUAUGGUACCAUGCGUCGCAGUCACUCAAGACCAUGGGCAGCACCUCGACCCCGUCCUCCACCACGCCUCCAGGCCCCAAACUCAAUCGCAUCACGUUUUCCUUGGAUAUGUGGUCACCUGGCGAGAACUACCUGGAGCGCGACCCGGAGAACAAGGAACAGUGGGCGUGGUGGUGCAUGAAGGGACAUUGUGUGGGGCCUGAUACCGGCGCGGAGCUGACGGUUCGGGAAUUCUGCGCUAAGCUCUACGUGGAGUGCCGCACGUGCAGACCUGAGCUUGACAGCGAUGACGAAGAGGAAGAGGAGGAGUGACUCUCCCCCGCGGCGGUAUGGGUCGCAACGCUGAUGCGGAGGUACGAUGUUCUCCCCUUAGCACCGGCGUAGCCGAAUGAUGUUGUUUUGAUGCGGCUGGGUCUAUGAGCGGGCGUUUUGUUGGGUACGAAAAUCGGAUAGCGAGAUUUGGAGUAAUACUUGGCCAUAUUGGGCGUCUGUAUGAUGGUCAUACUGUUGCAUUUACAGGCAUAGCAUAGCGGCGUUUGGGGCAUUUGUUGUUGCAAUAUCAAACCGAAUACUCUUGCAUCUACGUCACCCUUCCCCCUACUACACUAUGGACUGCUCGCGAAC